CUCUAAUCAUAUGUUAUUUGUGGAAAGUGAGUAGAUCAGCCGCGCUGAGUACAUGCAGAGAACUGCCGCAACAUUCACCACCACCACCGCUCUUUACCAGUCAGCAGAGAAACUCCACCAGAAAAAGAUCUGUUAGCACUACCAUGGACUCCCAGUUAGGAAUAAGUGAAGCAGAGAUGAAUGAGAUGAGCCUUGUCCUGCAGUCUCGUGUGGCUACAGAUAUUUUGACUCAAGUGGAAGGCAUGCUUGAGCAGAGGACCUCUGUGACACUCAACAUUGCUGUUAUUGGAGAGUCAGGUGCAGGCAAGUCUGCUUUCAUUAAUGCCUUCCGUGGGGUUGCUGAUGAUGCACCUGAAGCAGCAGAGACGGGUGUAACGGCAACCACCCAGAUGGCCAAGGGAUACCCACAUCCAAAUGCUCGGAAUGUGCUCCUGUGGGACUUGCCGGGGAUUGGGACUCCGUCUUUCCAGCCUAACACAUACUUGGAGGAUGUUGGUCUUCUAAAAUAUGACUUCUUCAUCAUUGUUACUGCUGACCGUUUUCAGCAGUGUCAUUAUACACUGGCCAAAUAUAUAACACAAGCUCAGAAGAAGUUUUAUUUUGUAAGGAACAAAGUGGACCGAGAUUUGGAGGCGAAUGCCAGGCGCAGGAGCCAGAAAUGUUUAUCGGAUGAUGAUAUCUUGAUGCAGCUCCGUGCAAACUGCGAGAAGAACUUGACAAUUGGUCAAGUGGAAACGCCACGAGUAUUCCUACUGUCCUCAUUUUAUCCGCAGAGCUAUGACUUUCCUGCACUCCAGAUGACCUUGCUGGAGGAGUUGGAGGGGCACAAGCAGCAUGCUCUGCUCUUGUCCCUGCCCAACCUGAGCACAUCAGUAAUACAAAGCAAGAGGAAAGCAUUAGCUGGAGCGGUGUGGCAGACAGCUAUGGCAACGUGCUUGAGCAGUGUUGGUGUGGGCAGCACUAUGCAUGCCGUAGUUCCUAAACUGAUGGACACUCUGAAGUCUUAUCAGCAAGCUUUUUGUCUGGAUGAUGUCUCUCUACAGCGAUUAGCUAGCAUUACAGGCAUAUCAUUUGAGGAUCUCCAGAGAGAGGUGACAUCCACCUUUGGCAGACAGCUUUCAGCGCAGGAAGUAGAAGGCUGUCUAUCACAAGCAGUCUCAGCAAAGCAAUUCCUUGUUACUCAGCUAGAAAGAAGUGUCCCUAUUCUGGGAACUGUUGUUUUUGGUGGAAUUAUUACCUUUGCAGCUUCCUACAUCCUACUGACCACUGCCUUAAAGAACUUGAGUGAAGAUGGAGAAAGAGUUAUGCAAAAAGUCCUUAUUGUGUCUGUUUGUAAACAAAACAGCUAAUAGCUUUUUUCUUGAAUCCUCUGACAUGACUUUUAUAAAUAGCGGUUUUAUGGUGCACAAAUGUCAUGGAUCUGGAUUCAGUAAUGUCCCAUUUUUUUGUUAGUGCUCAUAGAAAUGUGGGUAAAAAAGUUAAGUUAAGUUGACUUUAAAAAAAUGCUCUGAAAGUAAUUGCUCUGAAAGUAAGCUGCAUUUCUAGACUGUAUACAAAAGAUCCUUUAACUUCUAUGACAUAGCAAUCAAGAAAUGUAGCACUCCUCGGCUGCAGCUGAGCUCCGGAAACUUUAUUUUAAGAUUUUGAUGUUUGAAGAUUGUUUGUUUUGUGAUAAACACAUUGAACAAAAAUGUGUAUAGAUAUAUAUUUUUGUAUUAAUAUCUUGAAGAUGCUCUUGUAGUACACAGAUUCAUCCAUUCCUGCUCUAAAACCUUCAAAAGUUUCAGUGCAGGUCAACUGCAUGACAGUCCUGUGACUGUCAUAUCUAGAACUUGUGACAUUUUAUGAUGUUUUCUCUUGUAUGUUUUAUAAUACUGACAUGCACAUAUUACAUAAUUCCUUGUAUACAGAUGGGAUGGGGUGAAAUUUAUGGGGAAAUAAAGUAAAAA